AUGCGAGCUUUGGAUGCAUCAUUCCCCUUCUCAGGAGCUAAUCUUUUGGUCACUGUAGAUGCUGUCAAGUGCUGGACCAAUCAAGUAAGAUCGAGGCCUGCUGUUUCCUGGUCUCCUCUGCCUUCCGAUUCCUUUAAAUGGAAUGUUGACGGUUCUUCAAUCGGAAAACCAGGGAGGUCAGGUAUUUGUGGUGUAUUGAGGGACUCGUUUGGGAAUAUCAUCUGCCUAUUUUCUUGUUUUGUUGGUAUCAUUGACUCAAAUGCAGCAGAACUUUUAGUUAUCUCAAAGGCUCUUGAAGUUAGUGUCAAUUUGAUGAAUGCUGUUUCUUGGUUUCAUAACUUGGAGUCUGCUCCUUGGAGGUUCUCUUCAGUGGCCAACUCUAUCAUUGAAUGCAAGAGUCAUCUUCCAGCUUUGCUGGUUAAACACAUCCCUCGUGAGGCUAAUGCUUUUGCGGAUAAUCUAGCCAAGCAAGGAGUGUUUCAUUAUGAUAAUUUUAUUGUUUUUCUCUGA